AUGCGGGGCAAGGACGAUGAGUACGAUUAUCUCUUCAAAGUUGUGCUCAUCGGGGACUCAGGGGUGGGGAAGAGCAACCUGCUCUCACGCUUCACCCGCAACGAGUUCAACCUGGAGAGCAAGAGUACCAUCGGGGUGGAGUUUGCCACGAGGAGCAUCCAGGUGGACAACAAGACGGUGAAGGCUCAGAUCUGGGACACAGCCGGGCAGGAGCGGUACCGGGCCAUCACCUCAGCCUACUACCGAGGGGCAGUGGGAGCUCUGCUGGUCUAUGACAUUGCCAAGUACCUGACGUAUGAGAACGCAGAGCGCUGGCUGAAGGAGCUGCAGGACCACGCUGAUGCCAACAUCGUCAUCAUGCUGGUGGGCAACAAGAGUGACCUGCGGCACCUGCGGGCUGUGCCCACCGAUGAGGCCAGGAGCUUCGCAGAGAAGAAUGGGCUGUCCUUCCUCGAGACGUCUGCGCUGGAUUCCACCAAUGUGGAGACAGCUUUCCACAACAUCCUCUCGGAGAUCUACCGCAUCGUGUCCCAGAGGCAGAUCGCGGGACAGCCGGAGUCGGAGUUUGGCCCCUCCACCAGCAUUGAACCCAUCCAGGUGCUGCCCACGCAGCAGGAGGGCCGGCAGGCGCCCUGCUGCCAGAACAUCUGAGCCCCUGGGGUGCCCCCACCUUGAUCCCCCCCAGCACCCAGCGCGUGGUGGCACCGUGUGUCUCACUCAGCCUGUGCCUCUGCCCUCCGCAGCUCUCCGAGCAGUGCACUGAGCUCUGGCUGCUUCUGUGUGGCACCAUCCUCCUGCCCAUGUGCUGCUCCGUGCCUGUGUUUAUGUAGGACCAACAAAACUCAGGGGGAGGCAAAGCACCAGGGUGUCUCCCCUCUCCCCCCAAGGCUGGGGGCAUGCCAUCCCAUGUCCCUGCUCCCUUUAGCCCUGCAGGCACAGUCGCUGGGUGGCACUGAGCAAGCCCGGACGUGGCGAGUCCCUGUUUGGUGACGCCCUGGGUGCAGCCCCGUGGGGUGGGUGUGGAGGGGGACACUGGGUGCACCCUUCUCCCGCCUGGUGAAACCAGCAGUGGUGUGGCUGGUUGUGCCCAGCCCUGUCCCUGCAGCACCGAGAGCUGGGAGUGCCUCUGGGUGCUGCUGGGGCCACCCAGGGAGGGGCGUGGGGGGGUUUUGUGUUGUGACCCCUUCCCUGUGGCAUGACCCCAGCAAAGAGAAAAGCUGUGACUCUGCCAUGGAAAGAGAUGGGAGCAGGGGCUGGGGGAGCCUUGGCCUUUGGGAAGCCCCGAGGAGGGGACAAGGGGGCACCAGGGAUUUGGGGGCUGAGGGCAGGGCUGAGGUGCCGAGGGUCCCUGUGCACAGCUCCCUGUGUGGGAGCCAGUGUCAGCUCUGGGGACCCCCUCAAGGUCCCCCUGGCAUAGCUUGGCCCUUCCCUGCUCGAGGUUUUGGCCACCGUGGCUGGCGGCUGCAUGGCCCAGCCCGGGGACUCGCCACUGCUGGAUGGAGUGCCCGCUGCUGCAGCAGGGUGACAGUGGCAUUGUCCCCUGCCUGGGGGACAGCGGCCACCCCCCAGCGUGGGCAUCACCCAGGAUGCUGGGCCAGGCUGCUGUCGGGGUGAUUGGCAGGUGUCAAUCAGUACUGGGAGCGUGGCCCCUGUCACGUGGGGUUUUUGGGGGGAAUCUCUUUCUCUCCACAGCUGCCCCCAGUCUCUGCAUCUCACUUGGUUGUGCCAGUAGGAUCUGGGCCACGGUUCCCCCUUGGGGCAUGAUUUGUCGAUGAAACGGAAAUUGAGGCAAAAUCCCCAAAUAAAGCUGCUGUUGAAGCCUUUUCUCUC